AUGCAAAACCCACUCCUCAUCCAAGAGGGCCUGCCCAAAUUCAAAUCCAUCGAGAGCAAGGACAUCGAGCCCGGCAUCGCGAGCGUCCUCGACACGCUCGACAGCGACCUGAAGUCGCUCGAGGACGCCAUCGACGGCACGUCGUCGUACGAGGCGACGAUCGAAGCUUUGGAGAAGAUCUCGGCGCCGCUCGGCUUCGCCUGGGGCGUCGUGGGCCACCUCGAGGGCGUGAAGAACUCGGACGCGCUGCGCGACGCCAAGGCGGCGAUGCAGCCCAAGGUCGUCGGCGCGACGCAGAAGCUCGGCCAGUCGCGCAAGGUCUACGAGGCCCUCGAGGGCAUCGCGGCGCGCGACGAGGUGCAGGGCGAGCGCAAGCGCAUCGUCGACGCUUCUUUGAGAAGCAUGCGCCUCGGCGGCGUGGCGCUCGAGGGCGAGGCCAAGGAGCAGUACAACGCGAACCAGGUCCGCCUGUCCGAGCUGUCGACGCAGUUCUCGAACAACGUGCUCGACGCGACGAAGGCCUUCGAGCUCGUGCUCACCGACGCGGCGGACGUUGAAGGGUUGCCGCCGUCGGCGCGCGCGGCCGCGGCCGAGAAGGCUUUAUCGCUUAAGAAGUGCGAAAAAGCCGACGCCGAGAACGGCCCUUGGGUUUUGGGCUUGGAUGCGCCCUCAUACAUCCCCGCGAUGCAGCACCUAAAAUCCUCGGCGCUCCGCGAGAAGCUGUACGCAGCGUUCGUCACGCGCGCCGGCGAGCAAAACGCACCGCUCAUCGACGAGAUCCUAUCGUUAAAGCAGAAGCAGGCGAAGCUCCUGGGCUUCGAGUCGUAUGCUGAUGUGUCGCUGGCGUCGAAGAUGGCGGCCAGCGUCGCGGAGAUCGAGGAGCUCCACGUGCUUCUCGCGGCGAAGGCGACGCCCGCGGCGCACCGCGAGCUCGCGGAGCUCAAGGAGUAUGCCUCUUCGAAGGGCCACGAGGGCAACCUCGAGCACUGGGACGUGCCCUACUGGGCGGAGAGGCUCCGCGAGGAGCGCUUCGAUUAUAGCGACGAGGAGCUUCGGCCGUACUUUGCGCUGCCCGCCGUCUUAGAUGGAUUAUUCCAACUGAUCGAGCGCCUCUUCGGCGUCACGGUAGAAGCCGCGGACGGCAAGGCCGAGGUCUGGAACGACGACGUGCGCUUCUUCGAGGUCAAGGACGGCGACAAGGUCGUGGCGUCCUUCUACCUGGACCCCUACUCGCGGCCGGCGGACAAAAGAGGCGGCGCCUGGAUGGACGUCUGCGUCGGCAAGUCCAAGGCGCUGAAGCGCGACGUGCCUACCGCCUACUUAACGUGCAACGGGUCGCCGCCCGUCGGCGACAAGCCCUCGCUCAUGACGUUCGACGAGGUCAAUACUUUAUAUCAUGAGAUGGGCCACGGGCUCCAGCACAUGCUCACCAAGGUCGAGGACGGCGACGCCGCGGGCAUUAAUGGAGUGGAGUGGGACGCCGUCGAGCUGCCGUCGCAGUUCAUGGAGAACUGGUUGUUGGAUCGCCCGACGCUCUACGGCUUCGCGAAGCACUACGAGACGGGCGAGCCGCUGCCCGACGAGUUUUAUGAUAAGCUGAAGGGCUCGAAGACGUACAACGCGGGCUUGGCCAUGACGCGCCAGCUGGCCUUUGGUAUGUUGGACGUCGAGCUCCACAAGAACCCUCACCUCACGGAGCCGGUCUUCGACGUGCAGAAGCGCAUCUUCGGCAAGUACUUAGCCAUGGCGCCGCGCGACUACGACCGCUUCCUGUGCGCCUUCUCGCACAUCUUCGCCGGCGGCUACUCGUGCGGCUACUACUCGUACAAGUGGGCCGAGGUGCUGUCGGCGGACGCCUUCGGCGCGUUCGAGGAGGCCGGCCUCGAGAACGAGGCCGCCGUCCGCGAGCUCGGCCAGCGGUUCCGCGACACGGUCCUCGCGUGCGGCGGCGGCACGCCGCCCGCGGAGGUGUUCGAGACGUUCCGCGGGCGCAAGCCGUCGCCCGAGGCGCUGAUCCGCCACAGCGGCCUCGCCGACGAGUAAUUGUGAAUAUCUAUCCUUUCGUCUCGUCGACGACACCGUGAUGAGUGCGUUUCUGUUACGGGCAGGACUAGUGGCGUUCAAUUGUUACGGUGCUAGGACUAGGGGGCGGAGCCCUGACUUUUUAAAUUGAGCUGAGCUAGUGUAUAACGGUACUAGCUGGCUCAAAUCACGCAGAGCGUCACUCAGAUCUCGUUCCUUUGCGCGGUUUCUGCCUUGAUCGCGCAGCAGUUGCCUCACCUGAAGCCUAUGCAGUGCGCCUGAGCAGCAGAGCGGUCGCAAAUAUCGCCUACAUAGCCAAAAGCAGACUCAGAUCAAAGGGCCUCCAGUGCUCCGAGUCGACGCACGUCGAACUGACGCUCAAAAACACACCCCAUGAUGCGGAUCCGACGAUAUCUCGCCCUGGGCGCACAAAGCUGCGUCGGCGGUGCGCGUGCCCUGUCCGACGCGGCGUCCUUGUCCCUGCCUCGCCGUCGAUGCAUCUCGUGUCGAUGCAACUCGUGACUAUCUCGUCCGCACAGGUCGUGGCAGGCCGCCGGCAAAGGCCCGAAGGUCUCCGGCGCGGCCAGCGCCUCGCUGAAGGACGGUCGAGUACUGCUGUGGGGCGGCCUGGACGAGGCGCGCAACGCCGUUGACAGCCUGUACGCCUUCGAGAACGGCGAGUGGACUCCGGUCGAGACGACGGGCUUCAAGCCCCAAAAGGCCAUGUACGCGGCGGCGGCCACGCAAUCUUUAGUCGGCACGAGCGGCAAGGAGGAGUUUGUGGUCUGCGGGGGCUGGGACCCGGGCGAGAAGGGCUCGGGCGGGUCCUUCAGCGACGCCGUCCACGCGCUCGACGUGAACAAGCUCGAGUGGCAGAAGGACGACCCCCUGCCGUGCGGCCCCGUGUCGCGGCACGCCGCCGCGACGGUCGGCGGCAGCGCCGAGGGCCGCAUCUACAUCCACGCGUUCCGGGACGGGGUGGUACGGCGCGACGCGUGCGGCAUCGCCAAGUCGCACAAGACGACGGGCCGGGGCCCGGAGAGCCUGUCGAUGUGCGCCGUGGCGCCGGUGGGCGACGCGGGCUUGCUGGUCGUCGGCGGCGCGACCAAGAACGGCGAGUUCUCCGACCGGGCGUACGUGCUGGACACGAAGUCCUACGAGUGGACGGAGCUCGACGCCCCGGACGGCCCCACGGCGCGGGGAUCGGCGUGCUGCGCCGCGCUCGACGCCAGCCGGGUCGUCUUCUUCGGCGGCGCGGGCAAGGGCACGGACUCGCCCGGCUCCGGCGGCCUCAAAGCGACGGCCGAGACCUGGCUCCUGACGGUGGACGGCGCCAAGGGCACGUGGGAGCAGCUUGACGUCGCCGGGCCGGCGGCGCGCGUCGCCGCGACGCUCGACGCGCUCCCGGACGGGCGCGUCCUUCUGAGCGGCGGCUGGGACCCGGCGACGGGCGGCACCUUCGACGACGUCUGGGCCCUCGCGCUCUGAGGUUGGCUUUGUUCCCUUGUCCUAUAAAUUUCCUACAGAAUUAGUCACACAGAAC